AUGGCUCGCGGUGCUCGGCAUGCCGCGGCGCUCCGCGCGACGCUCGCGACGCUCGAGGAGGGCGUGGCGACGCGCCGUAUGCCCGCGCUCAGCGCGCUGACCUUCCGUAUGCCGCGGACGUUUAACGAUAAGCGCACUUGGGACCUCAUGCGCAAACAACUGCCGACAAUCGUCUAUGCGAAUCCACAGGUGUCGGUGGACGUCGCGCCGCUCGGCGAGGGCGAGGCGCCGAGUAUGCAGGCGCAGUUUGCCAACAUGCCACCGCGCACCAUUGUUCUGGCCGAAAAGACCCCGACGGAAGUCGUGCAGGAGCUGCUGACGAUGGGCAAGUUUGCUGGCAAGGCAUAG